AUGGCCGAUGAGAUUGAUGUGGAGGCUAUGCUAGAGGCUCCCUUCGAGAAAGGGAAUUCCGCCCUCGAUAAGUCUGGCAGCUCGCGUCAUCGUGACCGCUCUAGAUCCAGGUCCAGGGAUCGCGGCCGAAGGCACCGUGAUAGGAGUUCAGAGCGUAGGCGUGACCGGGAUGAGUUCAGAUCUGAGCGGAGACGCGAACGUGACCGUGACAGACGCGAUCGGGAUAGAGAUCGUAAUCGGGACUAUGACAGGCGGCGGGAUCGGGACUACGAUCGUCCGCGUUACGAGCGUUCUCGUCGAGAUGAAUUUCCCCCUGAACGAGAACGCGAAGACUCGGACGACAAGGGUCCAAAGCGCUUCUAUCGAAAUGGAGAACCACGCCCUAGAAGUCCUGAGCUAUCUCCGGAAGAAAGAGAUGCAAGAACGGUGUUUGUUUGGCAGUUAUCUGCUCGAAUCCGACAAAGGGAUUUAGAGGAUUUCUUUUCAUCGGUCGGAAAAAUACGUGACGUGCGUUUAAUUAUUGAUGGCAAGACAAAACGCUCUAAAGGUAUCGCCUACGUGGAGUUUCGCGAAGUGGAGUCUGCACAGCUAGCUCUUGGCUUGACUGGUACAAAACUUCUAGGCGUUCCUAUUCAGAUUCAACAAAGCCACGCCGAAAAGAACCGUGCAGCCAAUGCGGGUGGAUCUGCUAUGGCCGCAGCUUACGGUAGGCCGGUGUCCUCUAGGGGGCCAAUGAAACUGUAUGUUGGCUCCCUCCAUUUCAAUAUCACGGAGGAGAUGUUGCGGGGUAUUUUUGAGCCUUUUGGCAAACUUGAUGACAUAAAGCUGAUUAAAGACCCGCAGACGAAUCGGUCUCAGGGCUACGGUUUUGUCACAUACAGCAAUGGUGACGAUGCAAGAAAGGCUUUGGAUCAGCUGAACGGCUUUGAUUUGGCUGGUAGAGCCAUGAAGGUAAAUUAUGUUACAGAGAGGAGUGAUUAUGCCAAUUUGAGUGCUUUGGACAAUGAAGAGGCCGACAGGACCGGCGUUGAUCUGGGAACUACGGGUCGACUGGCCUUGAUGGCCAAACUCGCUGAAGGCACCGGCCUGGAGAUGCCUAAGGCGGCGCUAGCCCAGCUCCAAGGUAACCCGACUCUGGGCAUAGCUGGGAAAGUUAGUUCAUCUUCUGCGGUCGCUCCCCCUGUCUGUACGCAGUGUUUCAUGUUGUCAAACAUGUUCGACCCCCAUGUCGCCUCGCAUACAACCUUCGAGGAAAUCAAGGACGAUGUCAUUAGUGAAUGUUCCCUUCUGGGUGGUGUUUUACAUAUCUUCGUGGAUCAAACUAGUGCCCAAGGCAAUGUCUAUGUUAAGUGUCCCAGCAUUGCCAUAGCGACGCAAUGCGUUAACAAGCUGCAUGGGCGCUAUUUCUCGGGCCGCUUGGUCACAGCGGCUUACGUCCCGCUGAUAACCUACAAUCAACUAUUUCCUGAUUCUGUCACUGCCAAGACGAUCUUAAAGCCAACGUACACCUAG